AUCCCGGUGGCGGAGCGAGGCGAGCUGGUGCGCCAGGGCGAGCUGACGGUGUGCGGAGGCGGCCGGAGGAAGCGGGCCGGCGUCAGGAACGUUUUCCUCUACCAGCACAUGGUCAUCUUCACCAAACAGAAGAGUCCUGGUCCGGGACGCACCGCCUACAGCUACAAGCACAGCGUCAAGACCAGUGAGAUGGGUCUGACUCAGAGCGUUGGUGAAGACGGACUGAAGUUCGAAGUUUGGGUCCGAACAGCUCUGAAAACCAAAGACUGCAUUACGCUGCAAGCCCAGGACAGGGAAGGCAGGCAGGCCUGGACUCAUGACAUCGCUCAUCUGCUGUGGACGCACGCCAUCAACAACACAGAGUUGUGUCUGAAGGAGUCUCUCUGCAUGGGAAUUUCCAGUAAGCUUCUGCUGGAUGCAAGUGGAACUCAAGGUUCAGAGCUGGACUCCAUCUACAGCCUCAACGACAGAGUCCACAGUAGCUGCUCAGACUCCUCCUCUGUCGGCAGUCAGAAGGAGGGGGGAUCCCCGGCGUCUGGGAGGGACCCCAGGAGAAGCUCUGGAUCAACAAGCUACUCACAGAGUCAGUCUCCCUCCACAGCUGUGUGACUGUCAUCUCAAUAAGAAAACUGGACUUUUUGAAGCUUUAAACAUCUCCAUUCCACCUCUGGGGGAGCCGAGCUGGAGUUCGAGGAGCAAAGGAGACAAAAGCGAGACCCUCCGACUCUGUUUGAACUUCUCCCACAUGCUUGCUCUCCUUCCCCGUUUCCCCCCUUGUUCCCCUUCACCUCCUUAAAAUAAAUAAAAUGCCAGCAGAUUAGGCGGAGCAGCACAGCGCUGCUUUCUAAACCUCCCAGCUCUGAUAUGACCCCCCCAAAGAAAAGCUGCAUCCAAAAAGGAUCAAAACUGCCCUGUUUAAACCAUGACAAGCACCAGCAGGGCUCUCUGCGCUCCGCCAUUUUGGAUCUGCCAGUCUCAGUUGCUGGCAGAGUCAUUGACACCAAAGGCACUUCAGCCACACAGUGCGGCCAUUGUCUGCCCCACGGCUCCCCACUAGGCCAAACCACUUGGUCUGAACCACUGACUGCCUGGCUGGCUGACUGUACGCAUCACAUGCUCCAGCAUCUGAUAAUAAACAGGAAGUAAUAUGCAGGGCGUAAAUCCACCGUAGGAUUGCAGAUUUAGAAUGUAUUAUGUACUUUGUCAUUUUCAUAACGCUGAAUGGAGUACUGUAGGCUUUAUUUUCCUGCCUGUGUAAAAAUGCGUGGCAUAGCUAGGUGUGAUUGCAUCUAUGUAAAUUAGGCAAGGGUGGUGUGAGCAUGCACACACACACACACACACACACACAGAGUGACACACACAAUGUCCCCCCAACACAUGCAGUCACUCUUAUUGUUAUAAGACAGUGGAGUACUGUUCACAUUCACAUGCUCACACAGUGGCCGUGGCCGGUUUAGAGCCUGGCACAGCGGCCACAUCAACGACAGGCAAGGUUCCAUCUGAACACGUACAGUAAAGCUUUGCCUUGAUGAAGAACAGGAGUGAUUUACACGAUCAUAUCUGACUGCUAUACAGUCUGUUCAUGUGUUUGUUUAAGCUACUUGUUCUUAUUAACAGUGGCAAGAAUUUAUAGGACAAAAUGGUAUUUAGUCUUCUUUAAAGUGUAACUUAUAUCAACAACAUCUUGGUGCCUUAAAAUGUUCUGCAGUGUACUGAUAAGUUUUGAUAAUGAAUUUAAUGCCUUUCCUUUUUAAUAUAAGAUGCCAUAGUCUAUAUACCAAAGGUAUAAAAAGGGUGUCUGUGCAAUGCUGAUGUGUGUACAAAGAGGUGUUGUUUUACAUUCAGCCUCGGCGUUCCUGACUGGAACGCUGUCUCCAUGAGAUGGAGAAAGGUGGACCCGUUCAGCGUGAUACAUUGCAGUUUUACUGGUUUUGAUCUCGCGGUCAGAAGACAUGAACUACAUCUGAUUAUUUUUGAAGAGGUAAUUUAAUCAAAUCUGACCCUUUGCUUCUGCUUGAAGGAAGAGGUUUCCCCAGAAUGCCCCCAAAAAGAUUAUUUUCAGCCUUUUUUAAAAAAUUAAUUUUGGGUUUCCAGCUUAGAAAAAAAAGUGCCUUAAAUUAUUGAUAUGAUUCCUUGACCCUAAAUUUUAGAGGAAAAAAUGUCAAAUAUGAAAACAGUGGAAGCAGCCGGUUAGCUUAGCUUAGCAUUACAAUUCAGAACAGGGGGAAAUAAUUAGCCUGGCUCUGUGCAAAGAUUACAAAAAGCCAAACAGUAUUAUGUUUCUGCAGCAGAAGCAGCUGCAGUUUCGGGACCACAGUUCUGGGACCCUUUAAAGGUUCUGCGAUUUAUAGUUAUAAAGGUUCAUUCCACCCAAAUAGUACUAACAGAGUAGCUCGAGUUAAAGGUCGAAAUGAAGGUGGAAUCAUACAGUGGCCUUUGUCACAUCCGUAAAGAAAUAAAACCUCUCCCUCUGAUUGUCAUCCAUCUUGACCCACAGUGAUCCUUUGUACAACACACCUCUCUCAUAGUUAUCACAAAACACAAGGGUACUAGAGAUGUGGUCCUAUAGCUGUGGCCCUGAAUCUGCAGCCUCCUCCGCUGUACGCUGUGAAUUAUUUUAGGUUUGUUCCACUUAAAAACACCCUCGAAAGAACACCUCAACAUAAGGUGUGAGUUCCUUAUUUGACAUGAAGAAUUAUCACCUGCAAGUGUUGAAAGUGUUUAAUAAGGCAGACAACAUGUGACUGCAUCCAGCUUUAAAGUCAGUGUACAGAGGAAGGGACUGGAUUCACUGUGAACCUUCCUCAUGGUUUGCACUGUGUUCACCAGGAUUUAGUACAUCUCAAAUGACACAAAGCAAGUUUUCAUUGUGGAUUCUUCAGGCUACAAACAAAGUGUCUCAGGAGAGAGACUUGAAACAAUGCAUGCUGGGAAGUGUGCAAACAUUCCUGUUUGGCUUCUUUAAUACUUUGAUUAAUUGAGCUGAUCAGAUUAAGUCCAAUGACCUUAAAUCCAACAACUACAGUUGGAUUUACUUGAAAUGAACAAAACUUUUGUCUUUACAUGAAAUUAGCAAAAAAAAAUAUGAGUUCAUUCCAUUAAAUUCCUGUCAGAGUUCUCAUUAUUGGCUGUUAGCUCGAGAGGGUUAGCGACGCCGGACAUAUUAAUUUUAAUAAUCUGAAAACAUUUGAAGAACUGAAAAAAGGUUCAUUUGUUGCUGCCUUUGCAAGUUAGACAUUUUGUAAAAUACACUUGCUUGUUGACGGUUCUCAUGUCUGUAAUGGCAAAACUACAGUCAAGAGGUUAGCUUAGCUUAGCAUAAAGCUACGAAAUGAUGGGGACUAGCUAGUUUAGCUCUGUCACAGGGUACAACUGUUGUUUCACUUUCACUUUAGACACUUUAAAUGGACCAAAGGAGAAAUAUUGUGUUAAUUAAUGAGCUUUAGAAAGGUUAAUUCACAAUAUUCCCCCUGCUGUCAGUGUUUAUGCUAAUGCAAGCUAACCGGCUGCUAGCUGUAGCAUCGUAUUUAACCUACAGACGACAGGAUGGCAUCAGGCUUUGGAGCUAACUUUUACAGAGAAUAACUGCAAUCCCUAAAAUGCCCAACUUUUCCUUUAAGAUGUCAUAUCUCAUGGAACAAGAGUUAAAAAUAACUCCCACUUCCUCAACUUCUCUCCCAGACUUGCUAGAGGGCCCGUGAAUAGAAACGCUGCUGAGCUCUGUUCAGACUCUCACAACUUGAAAUGAAUUACAAGAAAACAUAUAGAGAAUAGGUGCAUGGGAUGUGGAGAACUUGUCAUUUAGUGUUGUAUUAGUAUUUCAAUAUUUCAUACCAUGAUGUAGUUAAUAUUUUAUGACGGCGAGCGUAUAGUCGGUAAAGCCAAUAAUCACGCAGUCACUGGUCUGAUUGGACGGCAUGCGUAUCAAACAAUACCAUGCUUAAGGUACAAUAUGAAACCUGCAGGUAGUGAAAGCCGGCAGCAGCGGGAGGUCAAGCUCAUGUCUGCAGCGGCAGCAGUUUGUCGCUGUUAUCAGAUUUAGCACGUUUCAUAUCUGCAUCCAAAUUCAGAAAUUGCAAAUGGCUAUUGAGCCGUUUCUGAAUCAAUAUGUAAUUUGUUGGCGUGGAGAAGUCUGUACACUUCAUAGCCGUUAGCUGUUUGGUACAUUGCGUUAUAUUGGAAGCAAUGUAAUGAACACCAUCUUUCAUUCUCACUGCGGUAUAGAUUGUCAUAUGCAGAAUUAUUUCUUUUUUUUGUGUGUGUGUGUAUAAACGCCAUUUGGAGGCAGUAUUAAUGUAUAGAAACUUUUCCUCUCCCUGCUCCUCGGACACACUCUGCCUGAUGUUUACAUUUUUGGGAAGCGAUGUGGGAACGUGGGGGAAACGCAUGUCACUUGAUGAUUGUUUUGUACUUUUCUGUGUCGAAUUAAAACUGGAUUGAAGUUGCGA